CCCUUAUCCACUAUAAGUAUGGAAACGAACUUGUUCAAACGGACUUCGCUUGGAAAGAGAGAUCACUGUUGGUAAUAUGAGAUCACAGUCAACAAUGAAAUUACACGUGCUGCUCGCCGUUUCCUUCACCUGGGCUUUCCACGAGGCGCCCCCGCCCAAGUACCAGCAUCGUGACCCCGCGACCUCCGAGGUACACCUGUGCGACCAGUGCCCCCCCGGAACGGCCGUCCAGCAGCACUGCUCCGCCGACUCCCCCACCGCGUGCGCGCCCUGCCCGGAUAGCCACUUCUCGGAGCAGUGGCACUGGGGCGACUCCUGCCAGUACUGCACCUCCGUCUGCAAGGAGAGGCAAAUGGUGCGUCGGGAGUGCAACAGCACACACGACCGGCUCUGCGAGUGCAUCAAGGGCUACUACCUGGUGGUGGAGUUCUGCGUCAGGCACUCAACCUGCCCUCCCGGGUAUGGCGCCGCUGUGCUCGGCACACCAGUAAGUGACACUCUCUGUGAGAAAUGUCCGGAGGGCUACUUCUCCAGUGCAGAGUCUGCAACAGAACUGUGCGUCCCCCACAGGAAGUGCACUGACCUACGCACCCUCCAUCCCGGGACAGCCACACAGGACACAGUUUGCGAGGGUGAGGCCGCUGUAUGCUCCACCCAGCGCCUGCAGUGCCACACAGAAGUGACUCUCUGUGAGGAGGCCAUUUUCCAGUUCCUAGUAUCACAGAGGCUGUCUGCAGCACAGAUGGACCGGCUGAUGGAAAACCUACCUGGCAGGAAGGUAGACCGGAAGAAUGUGGAGCGUGUGAAGAAGGCUUGCAGCCCCCAGCAGCAAAUCCUGCAGCUCCUUAGGCUAUGGAGGGAACAGAACAAAGACCAGGACAAGCUCUCCAGCAUUAUUCGAGGUGUGGACCACUGCGAAAGGAAAGUGUCUAGGUGCACCAGCCUGAAGAACCUGACCCUCAGCGACCUGAUUGCCGUGACAGAGAGCCUGCCAGGGAUGAAGGUGAAGGAGGAAGAUGUUCGGGAGGUGGUGAAAACCUGCCAGUCUCAGCAGUACAUCCUGCAGCUCCUGCGGCUGUGGAAGGCGCGGAACGGCGAGCAGGACAUCGCCAAAGGCCUGGCCCAAAGCCUGCGAAGGCUGCGCUCCCGCGAUGUUUCGCGCGAGCUGCUCCGGAGCAUCCGGAGGAUCGGCCGGAUCUUCAGCUCCGCCUCCAUACACAAGAUGCACGAGAAAAUGUUCCUGCACAUGAUUCAAGACAGCAAGUGCUUUAAAUCAAAGUCCUACAAUGACUAGCCCCCCCAACUUCUAUACCAUCUACCCUGACCCCUCCCCCCCCCACCCCAACCCAACCCAACCCCACCUUACCUCAUCCUGACCUAAAACCUAAAACUAUUUAAAAAGAAAUAAGUUGUACAUAAUCCGCAAUCUCAAAGAAACCUGAACUGUUCGAAUUUUGCGAUGAGCAUGUUCAAUUCUGUCACUGGUUAGAUGGAAUAGAUGGAUUUCACACUGAAACGUUAUUCCAUCCGUUCUAGUUGGACUGCUGAAAAACGAGGCUCCCUUUAGCUGAAUGUACACAGGAGUGCAAUCUGUUUGUUUUAUAAUAAUGUUUCAUAUGAAAAUUAUGCUUGGAUUUGGACUCUUUAAAGUCUGUGUAAAUUGUGUGUUUUCUUUGCCUUUUAUUUUUUCAAUAAAUAUUUUGCAGUUUGACAGACA